AUGUACAAUCUACCAAGUGUUGAUGAGGUUGCGGAUUUGAUCGUUGGUGAUUUUGAUUGUUCCGGUUGUGGUCGUGAUAUUAUCCUGCGCACACAUGGUGGUUCUUUCCAAAGAAUUACCGAAGAUCAUGCGUCAUUUCUUCCUCUACAAUACCCUUUAAUUUUCCCAUAUGGUGAAGAUGGGUACAGUGAUAACAUCAAAUUCCGCUCAACUACAGAUGAUGAGAUAUCCCGAAAAACAAAACAUAUUUCUUUAAGAGAAUUGUCCUUCUUACGCUACAACCAGGACACAAUUCGAAACCAUUUUCUUUCUGGAAUAGAAGAAGCAAUUGGCCGUGGUGACACCAAUUCUUCUACAAUAGGGCAAAGGAUUAUCCUUCCAGCAUCAUUUAUUGGUGGUCUUCGUUACAUGUUUAAUAAUUAUAUAGCAUGCCGGGUAUUUCACAUGAAGUUAGAUCAGAUCAUGGCAGAUUUCAAGAAGGGAAACUUCUUUGGAAAAGUAAUUGCAGGAAUGUACACCAUAGAGUUUCAGAAGAGAGGUUUACCGCGUGCCCAUAUUUUGUUAUGGCUUCAUGAUGAUGACAAAUUGAAUUCACUUGAGAUGAUUGAUUUUGUCAUUAGCGCUGAACUACCAGAUCCAAUACUAUAUCCAAAGUUGUACGGGGUUGUUUCCAAUUAUAUGGUUCAUGGACCAUGUGGUGUUAGCGGGAAUCAAUCACCUUGCAUGAAGAAUGGUCGUUGUUCAAAGUUAUUUCCUAAAAAAUAUGAAGCAGUUACGUCUUUUGAUAGUGAUGGGUAUCCCGUGUAUAGAAGAAGAAACACAGGUGUUACAACCACUAGAAGAGGAGUACAAUUGGAUAAUCAGUUUGUUGUUCCCUACAAUCCAAAGUUGCUCAUAAAAUAUCGGGCUCACAUCGACAUUAAGUACUACAAUAAAUCAAAUUCCAUUAAAUACUUAUUCAAGUAUAUUAAUAAGGGAGUUGAUAGGGUUACCAUGUCUAUGGCUGUUGGUGGAAUUCGUAGUAGAGAAAAAUGUGAUGUUGAUGUUGAUGAGAUCAAACAAUACUAUGAUUGCAGAUAUCUUUCUCCUUGUGACUCUGUUGUCAUCUUCAACGAUGAUGAACUUAUUGAAGAUGUGCUCGCAAGAAACAAAGGAAAGGCGAUCAUGUUUAUUACUUGGAUGGAAGAAAAUAAGAAAUAUAUUGAAGGAAAAAUGUUGAAAUAUGAUGAGUAUCUAGAGUCAUUUGUCUAUGAAGAUGACAAAAAGGAGUGGCGUCCGAGAAAAAGUGGAUUUAGCAUUGGAAUAAUUAACUUUGUACCUCCAGGUAUGCUCAGUGAUGACCGCGAGUUCAUUGGAUGGUUAAGGGAGUUGUCGAUUAUAGCAUCCGGUCGAUUAUAG